GGGAGGCCGCGGCGGCGGCGGGAUGGGAGCGUCGAGAUGCCCCGGCACUGCUCCGCCGCUGGCUGCUGCACCCGCGACACUCGCGACACUCGCGGCAGAGGCAUCUCCUUCCACCGGCUGCCGCGCAGGGACGAUCCGCGCCGUGCGCAGUGGUUGGAGAACAGCCGGAGACGGGACCCGGCUGGGGGGGGACGCUGGGACCCCAGCUCCAAGUACAUCUAUUUCUGUUCCCAGCACUUCGAACAGUCCUGCUUCGAGCUAGUGGGGUACAGUGGCUACCACCGCCUCAAGGAAGGGGCCGUGCCCACCGUGUUCACCGUGGGCCCCUCCCGGCCCCCCCGGCCCCCCCGGCCCAAGCCCCCCCCUGCGGACAGUGACCCCCCAAAACCGCUGAGGAGCACCCGCAGGUGGAGACGGGACCCCCUCCCGUCCCCGCCGGACCCCCCGUUCCCCUCGGACGCCUCGUGCUUCCCCCGGGACACCAAAGACCCCGGCCCACCCCCGGCCGGUGACCACGGCGGCGUCCCGGCCCUGCCCGGCCCCUCCGGCUCCAUCCCUGAGACCCUGCUGGUGGCCACGGGCGACGAGGAAGCCACGACCACCCCUGCUUUACCCGAGGGAGCCCCCCCGACCCCCGCGGCCCCCGCGGGACCCCCUUCGCCAUCUUUGUUCAUGCUGCGGCUGCCGCCACGAGCCGGCUCCUACAUCCAGAGCGAGCACAGCUACCAGGUGGGCAGCGCCCUGCUCUGGAAGCGCCGGGCCGAGGCCGCGCUGGACGCGCUAGACAAAGCGCAGAGACAGCUCCAGGCCGGGAAACGCCGUGAGCAGAGGCUGCGGCUGCGCCUGGCCGAGCUGCAGAGGGAGAGGAGAGGGGUCCCGGAGCCGCGGAGGAGCCCCAAGGAGCAACCGAGGAGCCCCAAGGAGACCCCGAGGAGCCCCAAGGAGCAACCGAGGAGCCCCAAGGAGCCGCCAGGGCUGGUGGAAGUGGAGAUGCUGGGGGAUGGAGGAGGAGGGUGCUGAGGAAUUGUUGGUUCUGAGAGGCCAAAUGAGCCCCUAAGGAGUCCCCGAGGAGUCCCCCCAAAGCUCCAAACAGCCCCUGAGGAGCUUCAAGGAGUCCCUGAGGAGCCCCCAGAGAGCACCAAGAAGUCCCCAAGGAGCCCCCACAUGGCUCCAAGGAUUCUCUGAGGAGUCCCCGAGGAGACCCCAAGGAGCCCCAGGGAACCCCAAGGAGUCCCUGAGGAGCCCCCAAGGAGCCCCAGGGAACCCCAAGGAGUCCCCAAGGAGACCCCGAGGAGCUGCCAGGGCUGGUGGAAGUGGAGAUGCUUGGGGGAUGGAGGAGGAGGGCGCUGAGGAAUUGUUGGUUCUGAGAGGCUCGGCAGCAGGGGGGAGGUUUGUAAAUAAAAAAU